GGUAAGUGGUAACGCUCUCGCCAACUCAACACGGCAAUAAUACACAAGAGACCACUCUCAGCGCACAAAGUUAGUAACCCAGGUAGGGAUGGCUGUGGGGCUCCGCCGCGAUGAUACCGGGGGGAGGUCUUGUGUCCUGGUUCUCGGUAUCAUCAUGGUCAUCUGUGCUUGCAUGUGGCUCAUGUGGAACGAAAGAGAGUAUGCAAAUACCUACAAUAUGCUGGUGGAGACACAGAGCGAGUGCACCCCGUUGCCGAGUAGCGAGAUUGUUAACCCAAUCCUGAACGAGAAGUUGAUCUACAUUACUGGCAAACUUGGCACCAGUGGCCCAGUCUAUGACAACCAGUUUAACGUUUCAGGUGACUUUGUUAAACUGAAGAGAAACGUAGAGAUGUAUCAAUGGAUUGAAGAGAAGGAAAAAGGUUACCACUACAAGAAAGACUGGAGGAGCGAAGUUAUGAAUAGCAACCUGUUUUAUGACCCUGAUGAUCACCAUAACCCUGGGUUUCUUCCCUUGACAGACAUGGAAUGGACUGCUGAUAUAUCCACUAUAGGUUCCUAUGAGCUAUCAAAUGACGCAGUAGCUAAAAUAAGCAACUUUCGGCAUCUUCACCUUACUCCUAAGGAAAAUGUUUAUGGAGACACGGUUUAUGCUGGAGAUCGACUAAAGCCAAAGGUGGUGAUAGUUAUGGCAAGCAACAAUACAGGCAUUAGCUUCAUUAUUUUCAUUGUUCUUCUCUAAAUAGCUAUAUAACCGAGCAGUAUUUCAUAUGAUACAGGUUGGAGAUAUACGUGUCUCAUACAAAUAUGCGGGGAGAGCAGUAAAAGGCAAAGAGGAUGUGGUAAUUAACCUUUAAAAUACCUCUUUACGUAGGGCUGCAGCAGGAACUUAUAAAUCCUUAGUAUCUUGCACAAGUUGAUUUUGUCAACACACAAAAACAUUUUGUUGUACCAGCAGAGUGCAGCAAUAGAGUUAUUGGGUUGACACAUGUUUUAAUAUUUGGACAAAAGGUGACUGUAGUAGCCAGGCAGAGUCCAGGCCCAGUAUUAACACCAUUCUAUACUGCUGAUGGUCACGGCAUACUCUUUGUCUAUCAAGAGAGCCUUGGCUUCGAAGUAAGUUGCAGCUAUAUGUAUAACCUUCAUGCGUGCAUAAGCUGCCAUUUCUCUUCCUUUCUGGUGUGGUUGUAUGCAUUUUGCUCAUUACAGGAUGUGUUUAAUAGACAGUAUUAUUCGAACCGGAUCAAAACAUGGCAACAUCGACUGUAUGCAUUUCUACUGAAUGUCUUAGGGUGUUUCCUAUGUCGUUUUUGGUGGGUUCCUAGCAUAAUCGAUGGUUUCCGCAUUUCAACUUUGAUUGUUAUUAUUACCUGGCUUUGGUACCAACCACUCUAUGGAAUUCCUGCAUUUCUGAUAUUCAUCCUAAUAAAAGUGUGUUGCUCAUAACCAGAAGAAAACAUCUUGAACACCACAUUAGAGAGUGGACAUUGCAAGUUUGUAUUUAGUUAGCGAAUAUAUAUUUUAUAUAAUAAUUUAUAUAUAGACUUAGUUAAUAUACUAGCUAUUGUAGAAUGUGUAGCUAUGCCAUCAUAGCUAGUAUGGUAUUUUGUAUAAUUAUUUUCUCUAUCCUGGUGUAUUCUGCUGAGCC